CAUACCUUAUUACCUUAUUACUUGCCAAUAAUUUCAUCAUAUUUUGUUUAACUCAAAUGGCAUUUGAGCUAACUAAGAUAUUUUGGGGGUUUUUGACUCUCUUAUUGGUUUCAAAUUUGCAAUGCAAUUAUUUGGUUGAGGGAGUAUCGCAAGUGCCUUGUUUGUUCAUAUUUGGAGACUCUUUGUUGGAUACUGGGAAUAACAAUUUGCUUCCCACAUUGUCGAAAGUCAAUUACCUUCCAUAUGGGAUUGACUUUCCCAGGGGUCCCACAGGAAGGUUUUCCAAUGGCCGCAAUUAUGCCGAUGUUGUAGCUGAGCUUCUGGGUUUUGAGAAAUACCUUCCAGUACCAUUUGCUUCUGCAACAUCAGGGACAGAUAUUCUCAAAGGUGUAAACUAUGCAUCAGGUUCAUCCGGUAUUCGUGAUGAAUCUGGAUACACUGAGGGUGCUCGGAUAAGCUUGAAUCUGCAGCUGCUAAAUCACAAAAUUAUAGUAGCAAGAAUUGUGCAGAUAUUAGGAAAUAAGGAAUUGGCUGCUCAACACCUGAGCAAAUGCGUAUACUUGGUUGGAAUAGGCAGCAACGACUAUGCGAACAACUACUUCCUGCCCCAGUUUUACCCAACUAGCAGACUAUUUACUCCUGAGCGGUAUUCCAUAGUUCUCAUUCAACAAUUGCGUCUACAAUUACAGACAUUGUACAAUCUUGGGGCAAGGAAGCUGGCACUUUCUGGAUUGAGCUUGAUAGGUUGCACUCCAUAUGAAGUGGCUACGUAUGGUACAAAUGGCGGUCCAUGUGUGGACAACAUUAACAUUGCCGUUCAACUUUUCAACACCAGACUUAGAUCUCUUGUAGAUGACCUCAACGCCAAUUUUUCCAAUUUUAAAUCCAUCUACAUUAACAAUUAUGAAAUUCAAUCAUCCACCAAUGCCUCAUCUGGUAAUUUGAUUGUUAGAAAUGCUACUUGUUGUGAAGUUGUUAUUGGUCAAGUUCGAUGUAUUCCAUUUGGGAAUACAUGUGCGAAUAGGAAUGAAUACGUAUUUUGGGAUGCAUUUCAUCCAACUGAGGUUGCAAGUGUAGCGUUUGCAAGUAGAGCAUACAAAGCUCUGUUGCCUACUGACGCUUAUCCAUAUGAUAUCAGCCAGUUAGCUCUAGCUUAAUGAGGAUACAAUUAUAUAUCCAACCAAUUAAGCAGCGGCCAGUUGGAAGAAUAUUAAUGGAAGACUUCUCAUAUGCCCUAUUAUAUAUUAUCUAUUAAAUAUAUAUAUAUAUGCUAUCUACAUAUAAUAAAUGUAUGCAUGUAUGUGUUUGUGUGGCUAGCUCAAAAUGCACCGCAAAUACCAUGCUUUAUAUUUAUAUUAUUGUCAUACCACGCACAUUCAGAUGAUGAAUAAAGAAUUAUAUUGUUAUUGA